AUGGGCCGCGUGGCCACCGGGACCUGGCUCUUCUCCGGGUCGCACAACCGCGUGCAGCUGUGGCUGGUCGGGGCGCUCGGGGAGGCGGAGCUGGAGCUGCAGCUGCGCCCGGCGCGGGGCGAGGAGGAGGAGUUUGAUCUCAACGUCACCGAGGACUUGGGUCCUCUGCAGUUCGUGAAGUUGCGCAAACGCCACUGGCUAGCGGACGACGCGUGGUUCUGCGACCGCAUCACGGUGCAGGGCCCCGGAGCCGGCGCGGAGGCGGCCUUCCCGUGCUACCGCUGGGUGCAGGGCGAGGGCGUCCUGAGCCUGCCCGAGGGCACCGUCUCGGGCUGA